UGGUAUCGAAGACAUUACGUCUGACAUCGAGCAAUGUGAUCUGUCUUCCUUGUCAUCAAUUUUUAACGAACCAAAGGUGCAAGAAAUCGAAAGGCCGCACGGAAGAGUUGACAUGCUAAUCGGCAUCGACUGCUGUGUGCUGAUGCCAGACGUAGUCGAAACGGUGGGCAGUCUACAGCUUCUUAAAAAUCAGUUUGGUUACUGUAUUCGCGGUUGCUACGAUCCAAUGGAUAGUACUUCAACGCCCAAGACACAAUCAGUAGAAAUUGGUUGCGGGAUAGUCGUGUCCGAUAUUAACAAUAUGAGGGCCGAAUCAAUGACAAGCUUAACAGAGAAAUUAGACGAGUAUUUUGUCAUUGAAAAUCUUGGCACACAUUGUACACCACGCUGCGGCGGAUGCAAAUGCGGCAAAUGUGCAAUGGGUAGUAGCAGUUACACCUUGCAAGAGGAACGAGAACUGACGCUCAUUAAGAGUGGCUUAACAUAUGACCCGGAGCAACGCAAAUUUACCGUUCAUUAUCCCUGGAUCAGGGAUCCGAUGAAACUUCCCAACAAUGUUAAGGCCGCUGAAGCAAAUUUAAGAGCCACUGAAAGAAGGCUGAUCAAGAUUGGCGCUCCACACGCAGAAGCAUACAAUGAUCAAAUGCAAGACAUGCUUAGAGAUGAAUCAGAAGAAGCUGCUGACGUGAUAAUCAAGAACAGUCACGUUGAUGACUUGAUUCAAUCAGUUCCAAGCGUGGAGAUGGCACUGCACUCAGCUCCAAGCGUGGAGAUGGCACUGCACUUAGCUGAAAACGUGCAAAAUAUCCUACACAAGGGAGGUUUUGAGAUCAAACACUGGAAUUGGAUAAUGUCCGGAGAUGAUACUGGGGGCAUCUGUCCCAGCAUCCAAAUCUUAAGCAUUGACAAAGAGAAGAUACUCGGCAUGUGUUGGGUACCAAAGGGCGAUCACUUUUUGUUCCAAGUCAGAAUAAACUUUUCUGUGUCGAAGUGGAACAAAAUGUCAGCCACUCCCGAAUUAACAGAAUCGAACAUCGAUGCUAUUUUCCCUUUACGGCUUACCCGGCGAAUGGUAUUGACAUUGAGCCAGGCGGCACGCCUAUACGAUCCAUUCGGGUUGAUCAUACCAGUUACGUUGAAAGGAAAAAUUCUCUUGCGAAAUUUGGUCACACGACAGAGAACUGAAAAUCAAGACGGCUCUUCAGCGAUUGGAUGGGAUGAUCCUAUAUCAGAUCAAGACAGGAUGGAUUGGAAGUUCUUUUCUCUGGAACUACUCAAGUUGCAAGAUGUGACAUUCUCUCGUUGUUUGAAACCAAAGGAAGUGAAAGGAGACCCAAUAUUAAUCAUAUUUUCGGAUGCCAGUAUGCAUGCGUACGGGGCAUGCGCCUACGCCCGAUGGGAGCUCGAAACGGGUCACUUUGAGGCUCGACUCAUCGCAGCAAAAAAUCGGAUAGCUCCAACAAGACAGCUGACUGUUCCUCGAUUGGAGCUUUGUGGGGCAGUUCUUGGAUGCCGACUACGAGAAGCCAUUCACUCUGCGAUACAAAAGCGAAGCGCAAGGUGCAAGGGGCAUAAGAUCUGUGCAUCGGCUAGUUCUCAUACUAGAAGCCGAAAACCGCCACUAUAUGAGCGGCGGGGGGAGUGUAUCGCGAAGUCACGAUCAGCGAUAAAUCUCGACGCGCUGGCCGAAUUUGGAAGUCGAAUAUCUCUGGCCGAAGAUCUCUGAAUAUGUUCCCGCGAGUUUGGUUAAGGUUUAUUUAGUUCACGGUGUUUUCCGUUUCGAUAUCGAUUUGAAUAUUUGAAUUUAGAACCUUGGCUGCAAUGAAGUGAGUAUCAAAUUAAGUGUUUUUUGUUUGUUUAGAUAUUUGUAUAUUUUCAGUAUACAUGUUUAUAUCGCCGUUUCCUUACCAUCAACCUCCUGUUUGUUUCAGGAUGAAAUUUUUUCUACUCUUGAACUUGACGUAUAUGUAGCUUGGUUUGUUUUCUUUUGAAUAAAAUUACAUCGCAUUGCAGUUACAAA